AUGACGUCUAUGCAACGGUUUGGGCUGUGGAACUGCACCUUGUCCGGGAGCAUCCCCACAGAAAUGGGAACCAUGGAGUCCAUGAAUGAGUUGGCUUUUGAUGAUAACCCAAAGAUGGUGGGCACCAUUCCUUCCGAGCUUGGGAUGCUGUCCAAACUGACAACCCUCCAUUUUGGUGGAACCUCACUCACAGGAACAGUCCCUACAGAGAUUACACAGUUGCCAUUGGGCUCAUUGUUUCUACACAAUUCAGGCCUUUCUGGCUCUCUUCCAUCGGAGUUGGGCUUGCUCUCUGGUUUGUGGAGACUUUGGCUUUUCAAUAGUAGCUUCACCGGGACACUUGCUACAGAGUUUGGAUCUUGGCAAUCAUUGAAGGCGAUGAAAAUGCAAGAGAACCAGUUUUCGGGUCCAAUCCCAAGCCAGUUUAGACUGUUGGAAGAUUUGGUUGAGUGCAUCUUGCAUGACAAUUCCUUCACGGGGACACUUGCUACAGAGUUUGGAUCUUGGCAAUCAUUGGAGUACAUGAGAUUGCAAAACAACCAGUUUUCGGGUUCCAUCCCAGGUGAGAUCGGAACCUUUGAGAACCUGACUGAGUUGCUGUUGCAUGACAAUUUCUUUACGGGCACAGUGCCCAAAGAGUUGGGGUUGCUGCAAAAGUUGACCACUUUGUCCGUCAGCAACAAUAGCCUUACCGGCAGCAUUGACCCUGCUUUGUGUGAGUUGGGCUCCUGGCUGACAGAAGGGGCGACAGGAAUCCAGGUUGAUUGUGACUUGGUGGACUGCAGUUGUGAUGCUUGUGUUUGUGAUUGA